AUGUUCCAGACACCCCCUCGAAACGUGAAGCCCUCGCCGCUGGGCUUCUUCUCCCCGACUUCCCCAUCGAAUCGUCCGUUUCGGCCGUCAGGUAGCCAGUUUUCGCCUGGAAAGUCUCCGGGUGCAGUAAAUAGCCCACCGAGUUCAUAUAACCAGCGAAAGGCGACACCGAAUGCCAUGAACCACUUGACACAACCCCAGAUUCAAGAGCUGAGGGAGAGCUUCCAGGUGCUGGAUAAGGAUGGCGAUGGGGUUAUAAACAGGGAUGACUUGAGUGCUAUGCUUAACAGUUUAGGACAAGAUCCAACUCCAACCCUUUUAUCGACAUAUUUCUCCAAUGUUCCGACACCGUUUAAUCUUGCAUCGUAUUUGACGACAUUGACGACUCAUUUAUCUGCAUUAUCACCUCGAGAUGAUAUAUUAGCUGCAUUCUCCGCAUUUGAUGAGAAUGACGAUGGCGUCGUUAAUCUAGACCUUUUGAAGGAAGCUCUAUUAGAUAUGGGAAUGAGGGAAGAUGAAGUUGAAAAGGCUUGUAGAGGGUGGACCAAUAAGAAAGGACUCGGUAUGGGAGGUGACAAAUUUAGAUACAGAGAGUUCGUGGAUACUGUUUGCGGGAAGGCAGAAGUGCAGGAGUAG